AUGCUGAAACCACGUGUGCAGGCUGUGUUGCUGGUCUUCAUGGAGUCAAGGGAAGAGCUGAAGAGCAAAGGAGCCCCAAUUGCAAAAGCGGCCCGUGGCUCUGGCGGGGCAUCCGCUUCUGCCGAUCGGCAGUCCGGUGCGCUGAUUUGCUUGGGACGCCUUUACAGAGCUCAAGGUUUCAUCCUCAAUCUUCGCAUCCUGACCGUGGCGGUGCGAGAACGGUUGCGUGCCAAAGCUUUCCAGAGGGUCUUGACCCUGGCUCGAGAAGUCGUGUUGGCGCGUGUGGCCAAGGGCGCAGAGUUGGAUGAGCAGAUCGUCAUGGAGGCCUUCCGAAGCGCGUGCCUGGAGCAAGGCAUGGACUUGGAGGCUUUGGGUUUAGCCUUCCGCGCAGAGGUCAGUGGAAGGCCGUAUCUGAAACGUGAUGUUUGGGGCCGUUACAGCCAAGACGUGUCUCAAGCACUGCUGGAUCGGAACAAGCUGCUGCGGGCCAAGGCAGAAAGCUGGCGCGCUUUCAGAACUGCAUGGAUUUCGGUGUUGCAGUCCCCGUGCUUCGUGCGUAACAGCGCCCCGCGAGGAUGGGCACGACAUCGGGAUCACACAGCCCUGGAGGCGGAAGCCAUCGUGGACAUGGCCGCACGGAAGCAGUGCUGUCCAUGGAAGCGAGCCAAACGGCGCGUGGAAGGUACGACCGCUACGGCUGCGCAGCUCAUCGCCUUCGCCGCAGAAGCGGUGGAGAGGAAGUUGGCAGCACAGGAGCAAAGCUGGAUUCCGCAGCUGGAGUCCCAUGGCUUAUCCAACUUGGUUUAUCUCAAGUAG